AUGGUCGAUAGCUUGGACUACUCGGUUUGCUUGGAAGCACAAGAGCGCCCUAGGUACGAACUUACCGGGCAGAGGAUGAAGAGGACUGAGGCUGAAUCGACUGACCUGGACCGCAGCAUGCACGGCGGCGGCAGCGGCAGCAGGGUGUCCGGCGGCUACAACGACUACUGGAACUGGAGCCCCCCGGACACCGGAUACUCGAGCUCCCCAGUGGUGUCGGCGGCGGUGUCGGCGAGCAAGAGCAACGUCGUCGUCACGAGGAGGCUACGCGGCCGGACGCUCAACGGCAAGCUCUACGCCCUCCGGAGCGUCGUCCCAAACAUCACCAAGAUGGAUAAGGUGUCCAUCCUCAGGGACGCCGUCGAGUACAUCCAGCAGCUGCAGGAGCAGGAGCGCUGGAUGCUCGCCGAGAUAUCCAUCCUUGAGUCGGUGGCGGAGGUACAUGGCCAUGGCCAGCUGCUUACUGCUACACUACAGCCCGUCCUUCCGAACGGCUGCGCCGGACACGCCAUGCCGCCGCUGAAGAAAACGAGGACCCAUUCAUUAUCGCCGGCGGUGACCCCCACCCCCGCAUCCGCCAUGGCAGCCGCAUCUCCGCCGGUCGAGGCUGUCGAGGUGAGGGUGACGGGCGCUGGCGAUAAGCUGCUGGUGGUGAGCGUCGCGUGCCGCCACCGGAAGGACGCCAUGGGCAAGGUGUGCCGCGCGCUCCAGAGCCUCCGGCUCGCCGUCAUCUCGGCUAACGUCACGGUUGCGUCCGGGACGGUGACGCACACCGCGCUCCUACAGAGACAGGAAAUACAUAAGAGCGAGAUGAAGGAAUUGAUCGAGACUGCAAUCGCCCAUGUUGAUGUCGCAGGAAGUACUCUAGGGAAGUUAUGAUAUGCAUGGUUGCAUGUUCAUCUUAGUUAGUUACACAUGAUCACAUGUACUCCAGGAUAACCAGAACACUAUAGUGUUCUGGCAAAAAUGGAAAGAGAAUAAACAUUAUUUAGCAGCCCCAUUGUGUUUGUCUCGUGGUCAGAUACUAAGCAAUAACCUCCUAUAACACGUGAUAUCCAUUGGAUCACACAAAAUAAAUAGCUCGUGCUAGGAGUGUCUCAAAAUGCCAAUAUGAUGUACUAUAUACGUUGUAUCUAAACUAUUGCACUUUUGGUCAAAAAGAAUAUGA